CGGGAAUCCGAGCAUCUUGGCAGACGUUCCAACAGACGACCCUACCUUGAUUUUGAUUUUUGAUUUUGAUCUUUUUUUUACCACGUAUUUUUUUCCCCUUUCAAACACGAUUUUGCUUUUUCACAUAUUGACUCAUUUCUUAUUACUUACCGCGACGAACAAAUCUAAAAAAGGUAGUGAAAGAAAUAAGCGAGGCGAACAUAGACUGCGACCCCAAAAAAAACGACAACAGCAAAAUAAUAGAAAAAAGACAAAAAGAGGGCUUUAAAAAUACAACCAAAAACCCAAAAAAAGCCAUGAGCGCAUUUACGUCUUCGGGGAGGGGUGGCGCGGGCAACAUUGUCGAUAAGACCAAGUCGCCUCGAAUCGAGCCCAAGGACCUCGAGACGCCGACGCUCAAGACUUCUGUCGUAACGACGGGGAGGGGCGGUACCGGCAACAUGGCAAAGAAUGUAGACCCUGCCGAGACGCGCGCGAUGCAGGACGUGUCGCCGGUACCCCGCCAGGAGCUUAAUGCUGGCACCCACGUCGGCCGUGGCGGCACUGGCAACGUCUUCAAACCCAAACCCGAGGACGAGGAGAUGGGCAACGUGCAUCACAAUGCCGAAAAGCCGCAGGAGGGCGGCGACAAGGAACCCCAGCAGCAAGCUCAGGACGAUACCGCCGUCGACGUCGAGGAGCAGAACAAGACAGACAACCAGGGCUUGGCGGCCAAGGGGAAGCAGUGGUUGUUUGGCAAGAAGUAAAAUGUCUCUCUCUCUC